AGUCAUUUUCCUCCAAACAACCUCUCUUCACCUUCUCUCUCAAGCCUGCAUUUUUGUAGAGUACACAACAAAUACACACACAUUCAACAAUAACCUCUUUCCUAAGCAAGUUUAGGUGGCUGAUAGCUACUCCAAACACCCCUCUAACCUUCCUUUUUCAUCUCCUUUUUUCUCUUUUCUUUUCACCACAUAAGGUUUUCUUGCCUGUGGCAUCUUCCUCUCAUCUAACUCUGUGGUCUGAGAUCAUGCAGCUGCACAUAUCGCCGAGCUUGAGGCACAUCACCGUGCUGCCUGCGAAAGGUUUUAGGGAGUUGUGCAAGGUGAAGAUCGGAUCAAGAAGGUUGUCGUAUCGCAUGGUUUUCUACUCCCUUUUGUUCAUCACCUUUCUUCUUCGUUUCGUGUUCGUGCUCACCGCUGUUGAUGCCAUUGAUGGAGAGAAUAAAUGCUCCUCCAUAGGUUGUUUAGGGAAAAGGUUGGGACCAAGAAUUCUGGGAAGAAGAUAUCAACCAAAUGUGCCUGAAGUGAUAUACCAAGUGCUAGAAGAAGACACAAAUCCAAAUGAGGAAGAAAUAGGGCCACAAACAUUGCAAGAAUUUGUUGCAGAAAUGAAGAGUGAACUUCCAGAUGCCAAGACUUUUGCCAUCAAGCUCAAAACCAUGGUAACAUUCCUUGAAGAAAGGACUAGAACUGCAAAGAUACAGGAGUACCUCUACCGUCAUGUGGCCUCUAGUAGCAUCCCGAAACAGCUGCAUUGCCUCACUCUCCGGCUGGCCAACGAGCACUCGACCAACGCAAACGCCAGGCUGCAGCUGCCCUCAGCAGAGCUUGUCCCAGCACUUGUAGACAACUCCUUUUUCCACUUCGUCCUCGCCUCAGACAAUGUCCUGGCUGCCUCUGUGGUUGCAUUGUCGCUAGUACAAAACUCGAUGCAACCUGAGAAGGUCGUCCUGCAUGUCAUAACCGACAGGAAGACUUACGCCCCAAUGCAAGCUUGGUUCUCGCUGCACCCCCUGGUGCCCGCCAUCAUUGAAGUCAAGGCACUCCACCAAUUCGACUGGUUUGCAAAGGGGAAGGUCCCGGUGUUGGAAGCCAUGGAGAAGGAUCAGAAGGUGCGUGCACAGUUCAGGGGAGGGUCAUCGGCCAUCGUGGCUAACAACACUGAGAAACCUAAAGUCAUCGCUGCAAAACUGCAGGCGCUCAGCCCCAAAUACAACUCACUCAUGAACCACAUUCGUAUAAAUUUGCCAGAGAUGUUUCCUAGUUUAAACAAAGUGGUGUUCUUAGACGAUGACAUCGUCAUUCAGACAGACCUUGCACCUCUGUGGGAUAUCGACAUGAACGGGAAGGUGAAUGGGGCGGUGGAGACAUGUAGAGGGGAGGACAUAUAUGUGAUGUCAAAGAAAUUUAAAAGCUAUCUCAACUUUUCUCACCCUCUCAUUGCAAGCAACUUUGAUCCUAAUGAGUGUGCAUGGGCUUAUGGUAUGAACAUUUUUGAUCUAGAGCAAUGGAGGAAUACAAACAUCAGCCAAACAUACUACUACUGGAUUGAAGAGAAUCUUAAAUCAGACCUAAGUUUAUGGCAGCUUGGGACGUUACCUCCUGGGCUGAUAGCUUUCCGCGGCCAUGUCCACACCAUCAAUCCGUUUUGGCACAUGCUCGGAUUAGGAUACCAAGACAACACCACCAUUGGUGAUGUUGAAGCAGCUGGAGUCAUCCACUUCAAUGGCCGGGCAAAGCCCUGGCUCGACAUAGCAUUCCCACAGCUGCGGCCUCUUUGGACAAAGUACCUCAACUUCUCUGAUAGAUUCAUCAAGAGCUGCCACAUAAGAGCAUCUUAGAAUGAAAUUUGACGUCCCAAAAAUGUUUUAUCAUUCGUUUUGGACCUGUAAAUCAGAGAAGGGGAAGCACACAUGGAUAGUUCUUCAUGAGGAUUUUCAAGCAGAGAGAUGACAGCAGCCAAUUUUGGCUUCAAAUUUUUCAGAACUCUCCUCUUGCUUCUGAGUUCUUGAAUAUAUCUCAACAUAUACAAUGUUUUUCAUUUUAUCAAUUUUUCCAAAGGAAUGAUUCAUUCCUGUAGAAAGUGUUCAUGUGUUGAGAUGCAGAAUCUCCUAAAUUAUAUAUAUCCAUAAUAAUCAUCUUUCACAUUA